GCUCUACCACAGCCACUUGUAUGUGCAACAGCCGCCGCGCCCCUCGCAGCCCGACCCCCACCUGCUGCUUCAGCGCAUCAAGAAGGUGCGAUAGACGCGCUGCACCACCGCGACGCCGCCCCCGUCCGCUGACGAUAGCAGUUAGAGCAAGACAAGGCGCGCCAGCGGAGGGAGACCGACGAGCUCAAGGGCCAGCUGCAGACCAAGUCUGGAGAAGCAGACACCCUGAGGAGACGCCACGAUGCCGAAGCCCGACGAUACGAGCGCCAGCUGGCCGACCAGCAGCAGUCGCAUGGCUCCGAGCUGGCGAGGCUGCGCGCUGAAAUGGACAGGCUGCGUCGCGAGGCCGAGUCAGCGCAGACAGACAGCAUGUUCAACCAGCACGAAGCCCGAGAGGCCGGCAUGGCACGACGCACAGCGAGAGUUGUGCCCUCACGACCCAAGUCGGCUGUCCCAGCCGUCAGCCCAGCGGGUACGCCCAAGAGGGGGCAAAAGACAAGAGCACCGCUAGGAGACGGUUUCGACGACGACGAUGUGGUAAUGGCGUCGCCAUCCAAGCAGCGCGACAGGCCCAAGACCGCGACGCCAAAACACGCCGGGAAGCGGAAGCGUCAGGCUAUUGACCAGAGCCCGCUGCCACUCCCUGCGCUACAGCUGAGUGGGCCGCGAAGCCGGCCGAAAGAGCAGGAGCUGCCGCCCGUUGCUGAAGCGAGGAUAGACGCUGCACUGCUGCAGUACUUUCGUCGCGACGACCGUCGGUUUGCCCUUUUGCACCGCCUGCUCUCUCACCCGUCUUCCAGUGACACGGACCGUAUACUCGAGGCACUGACUAAGCAUGCAUUCCCCUCCAAGCCGACCAAGAAACUGUCGUCCAUUGUGUACGACGCACUAGCAAAGAUGGCUGCAGACGAUGUUCAUGAGCUGGCUCUGCAUAUCUGUCAUGUCUUUCUCGACCUCUGGAAACGUUGUCAGAAUGAAAAGUACUACGCUCCCACCUCGCUCAUCCUCGACGCCCUGCACUUUGUCCUUGCAUGCGAGCCAGCUGAGACUGCAGUCAAAAUCUCCGAACGCGUUGUGCCCCUCAUAAUUGCUUUUGUCGAUCUUGUGGCUGACCCCAUCUCCAAAGCCGCCAAGGGCGGAGACAAGGCAAUUGCAGAUCUCUACUCACCAAGACAGCGCGAAAUCGCUGCCUGCAUUGAUGUUGAAGACUGUCUUGAGCUGCUGUACCUAGUAGCAAGCAGCUGUGCAUCUUCGCCGGAUGCAGACGCCAUAGUCCGCCUGUGGCAAGCGAUACCCUCAAGUUUCGCCAUCAUGUUGCUAGUCAAGGAGCAACCACAGGAGCAAAUAUCGCUCAUGUUACGCAUACUUGGCACCUCUGCACUCGCCACCUCGGUCGGGCCUAUCACAACAGCCGACUCGACUGCAGAAAGUCAGGCAAACAACGAAGAUGCUCUGAUCAAUCGGCUCACCAAUCUCUUCACCGAGAUACCCAAGCCCGUACCAGACCCUUCUGCGUCGCCCAAAUCUGCGUCAGCAAUCCCAGAGCCUGACCUAUGGGAUCUGCGUCUCCUCGUUCUCUCAGUACUCACCCAGUUUUCCAUCCCUGAGUACGGUUCCAGUCGCUUGGCACAGAACCGACUAUGCAUAGGCCGACUGAUUAAAUAUCUCGACCAUUGCAUAACCAGCCUCUAUCGACACCCAAUCGCACCAACCCAGGAGCACAAGGUGGAUUCCAUCAACGCGACGAUGAAGCUCAUCUAUCACGUAGCCACAACUAAUGCCAAUUUUGACAUCAAGAGCAAGUUGGUCAACACGCUGGGCGGCCAGCAUGCAUAUUUGGUUGCACUGACGCGGUUGGCUUUUAGCGAGGGAUUAGUAUUGGAAGCUGGAAUCGAAGACGAAGUUGUCAAUAUGGCGCAUGACAUUCUGGAUGAGGGGCUCAGCAUGGAAGAAGGCGAUGCAUUCGGGAAAGUCUUUAGCAGUGGCAGUGUCGCAUAAGCGCGUGCAUUGUACUUUUUGUAGGCUUUGCACGUAUGCUGUGCUUGACUUUUUGCUUGACUAUUUGCUUUGACCGCCGUUGAUCCAGACUCGACUGCACUCUUGAUGGGUUUCGAUGCAUCAUGUUCGGAUUCAAGGGAU